AUGGACGCGAUGGCGGACGCGGCGACAGUGUCGCUGGCGGCGGCGAUGCCGGUGGCGGAGCGGAAGCGGGGCGGGAGUGGGAGCGGAAGCACGCCGCACACGCUGACGGCGUCGCUGCUAGCGUGCGUCGCUGCCGGACCGCUGUUGCCUCUGUCGGCAGUCGUCUCGCUCGACGACGCAGCGCUUCCGCCGACGGCGGCUAUGGUCGUCAACCAGCCGCAAGUCGACAUUCUGCAUGGUGUGCUGACGGCGGAUGCUGUGAAUGCAGCAGCUGCUCCGCUCUCGCCGUAUGCGCGGACAAGCCAUGCGCUGCUCCUGGCGCGGCUAGCAACGUCGCGCGAGGCAGCGCAAGCAGAAAUGGUGGCUGCAGUCGACGCGCUUGGCCCGCUUCGACUGCAUCCGUGCGCUGCAGCCGCCGAGAUCACCGCGCCGAUGGCGGCGGCGUUGGCGGCGUCGCUGACCGAGUCGGGCGAGUUUACGCGGGUAGCUGUUACCGGCGCGCUGGCCCGCGGAGCGGUGGCGGCGGAAGUGCUGGGCGAGCUCCUUGCAAGCCACUUUGGCCGGCGAGUGUGUGUCGAGCUCGAGGAUGUGCUCCAUCCACGGCGGGUGGUGUUUGCGGCUGACGGCGUCCGCAUCGACAUCAAGAGCACGCGUGGCUGA